AUGAGUUCUCUGCAACAAGGUAGCAGAUUCUUACCUUUUUCAAAUAAUAAUAUACAAAGGAAGCAACUAUCAAUGCAAGGUGGUCUUCCACAAAGUUUAAGUGGCAGUGAAACUGAUGUUUCAACUUCAAAUGAGAAUUUAACCAAUGAAGAUCGCUAUGUUAUAAGACAUACAGCUCGUCAAGAACCUCAAGGUCAAGAAAAUCAACAGCAAAGUCCAUCCAGAUCUUCCAGUCAUAAAGAAAAUAUACCAAAUAUACAAGGUAACCUGCUCAACAGAAACAGUUUGAAGGACAGUCUGAAUGGUUCAAACAGGAACAGUUUGAAAGAGAAUUUGAAUGGUUCUAAUCGAAAUAGCCUUAAAGACAGCAUUAAUGGUUCUAAUAGAAAUAGUUUGAAAGAUAAUUUAAGUAAUCGUACCAGUGUAGGUUCGAAUAGAAGUAGCUUAGAUGUAUCUACAAGCUCCUACAACACGCUUAUUAUACACAAUGCUAAUGAUGAUAACUCAUGGGUACCAACUGGAAGGUUGUCAGGUGUAGUACGAGAACAUGGAGAUAUGGCUUACCUAUAUUGUGAUGGUGGAGGAAAAGGACAUUCAAAUAGUCCCACUAUGCAGUCUUUAUCAAAUUUAUCUCAUGAAGAUCAUGUUUAUGAACAACCUAAUAACGGAGGAUGUCAAGAAAUUACAGACAUACCAGACGAUUAUCUUAGUCAAUCACAGGUAUUAAAACAUCUUGCAAAAGAAGUUAAAGUACCAUCUUACAGUAAAUUAACGAAUAAUGGAGGAAAUAUUGAUAUGAGAAUGAGAGAUAGCGAUAGAGGGAAACAAAAUGAUAGUGAAUCAGAAGACAGACCACCACCUUCAUAUAUGUCUGUUUUGUUACCAUUAAAAAAUAAAUCUCGACUUCUUGGGCCAAUUGAAAAGUUAACAUUGUCAAGAUCACAACCUGACUUGUCUAGAAUCGGCAAACCAGAUAUUGAUAACUACAAUUUGCGGGCCACAUCUCCACGACCUCAGACAAAAGGGAGAGAAGAGACGGAAUCUGCAACAGGUGAAAUUUGGGCACCAUCAGAAAUGAUACAAAUUGUAAUUCAAGAGAAUAGUGCUUUAAAAUUAGAGUUAGAACGAUGUUAUAGCAAAGUUGCUAAAUCUCAAAAGUUGGAACAAGAAAUCACGAAAGUACACAGGGCUCAUGAGGAAUUGGCGGCGUCAAGCGAACGAAGAGAGAAACUAGAACGAGCUGCUAGAUUGAGGUUACAAAAUGACUGCAGACGAUUAACCGAAUUAAAUCGCGCGUUGAGAGAUCAAAUAGAUUUAUUAUCAGCACGUACAGAUAGCCCGCCGAUCGUAGAAUCUAUGAGGAAAGAAUUGACGCAACGAGAAUUAUUAAUUGGCCAAUUGAUUACACAGAAUAAAGAAUUAGCCGCAGCGAAAGAAAGGCAGGAAAUCGAAUUAGCAGCACAACGAGCAACUUUACAGGAGCAGCGUACACACAUAGAUAUUCUAGACACUGCUCUUACUAAUGCACAGGGCAAUGUAGUACGUCUUGAAGAAGAGUGUCGGAAAAAGCAAGUAUACGUAGAAAGAGUAGGCCAACUUCAACGAGCUUUGUCUUCUCUUCAAGCGUCUAGCGAUAGAAGAGAAGAAACAGAGAGACAGUUGAGAGGUCAAUUAGAACGGGAGUUAAGAGAAGGCGGCGGCGGUGGUGGCGGUGGUGUUAAUGGUAAUGAACAAUCUUCCAAUGGAGAAACGAUCGCAGAGUUAAAACGACGAAUACGCGAAAGAGACGAAAAAAUUAUGUCACUCGAGGGUGAUGUUGCGAAAUGGGAACAGCGUUAUCUCGAGGAAAGUGCACUAAGGCAAGCGGCAAUUGAUGCAGCUAGUCUACCAAAGGACGCCAAGAUAGCUGCGUUAGAAAAAACGAGUCAAGAUGCCGAGAAAUUAAUUGCAGAGGCACGCUCCGAGAAAAUGAGACACAUGGAUGAAGUACAUGCUGCACAAAAGAAAUUGGCUGAUCUUGAAUCUAGAAUGAAGGAUCUAGAAUCAAAAUUAGCCGAAAGAGAUGCAAUGAUUAGAGUCCUUCAAAAACAUACGUAUGAUAAGGAUAGUAGUAGCAGUAGCGGUGUUGGUAGUUAUCCUGCUGCACACUCGUCUCAUUCAAGUACAUCAGCGGAUCACCACACUGCGUUAACAAGCACGCCAGAACUUGUAAGCAGUGUCUUGGGUGGUGGUAGUGGUUAUGGAAGUACUGGUUCGUAUGGUGUUACGGACAGUUACAAAUAUAGGAAGCAAGGCAGCUUCGAGCAAACGAAUAAAAGUCUCGAUGAUCAAUUAAAAGAACUAGACUCCCAGCUACUUAGUAAGCGGGCACUUUGCUGUUUUCCAGGAUUCUCUAAUCCAGGCACUGCGUCGCGAAAAGGAAAAAUACCCAAGCCAUUAUUGGCGGGUGUAGAUAGCACAGGUACCUCGAGCACCGCCUCAAGCAAGAGUCGCCUAUUAGACGACUCCGGUGGCGAGGUCUCGCCGGGUAUCAUGGAAUUUGCGAGUGCAGCCUCGAGGCUGAAAGGCACUGUAUCGAGAUUAUCAGACGGUAAGCCCGAAGACAUGAUGCUGCUGGAGAAGCAGGGCAGAAGCUCGCAGAGACAGAGGAUGCAGGAGGGCGAGCCACGUCGCGCGGGCAGUCUUCCUCCUAGUUCGUUACCGCGGCCACCGAAGAAUCUGAAGUCCACGAGCUCGCGUUACUGCAGACUCAGCGACACGGAGACUCGCAAGAAGUCCGAUCCGGGUCCAGCUUUGGACUCCUCUGCGAGCAUGAAGGUGCGCGAUACGAGCAACUGCACCAUCGAGUACGGUAGAUUCGACACGAAGGCUCAGCGCCGAAAGAAAUCGUCUGCCACGGAGCCGUUGGUGGUGAAUAACUCGCUGAAGAAGCCGUCGUCUACCACGAGCCACGAGUACGAGCGCCUGCAGGGUGAAAAUGUUCGCAAGAAACAGCCAUGCAAUUCGGAAACGAAGCACAGGGAAACGCAGAGUCGCUCGCUGAUACCGCCGCCGUCUCGUCGCAUCGGAGAGUACGGUCGUCUGAGUGAGGGCACGUUGAGGAAGCAAACUGGUUCACGGGGUCAGAGCACCGGAAGCACGGUGAGCAGCAAGAGCGGAGGACGCGAUUCUGGGGGCACAGCUAGCAGCGAGGCGUCCACGUCAUCGUUGCCUCCUUCCAAAGCGAGAUCCAUACCUCGCCCGAGCAAUUACCGCAUUCAGUUUUAACUUGUAUCGCUUGGAACCGGGUUAGUCUUCCCUAUCUAAAGAGAGUGUCCUCCCAAGAGACGUUCUCUCAGAGGAGCGUAUAACGAGCAACUGGAGGGAUACAAUUUUCCGUACUUUAUCUUCCACGUAUGAGAACCUUUUUUACCAAACAUUGGUACACAUGCUUAUUCUACUAUAUUAAGUUCUUUUUAUUGCGUUUUCGACGAACGAUGAAAAAUUUCUCUCUAGCGGAUGUCAGAGCAGCGCAGCAGGAUCGAAUGGUGAAAUUACUGAAUGGAAGCGAGCGGUAAACGUGGAAUAGAAUGGGCGGCGGCAGAUCGGGGAUUAAUAAGAGAAGGAAAAAUCAAAAGUGAGACCGGUUUCAAGAGCGUCUCUGCCUCGUCCUUCAGUGGUUCGGAUCCUAUCUAGAGUCCUAAUGUACGUAUGCGCGAGCAAUACGUGUACACAGCCAUAAUAUUAAAACGAUGCGUUAGUUUCCUUUACUACCAUUAAUAACGGAAAAGCGAAGCCGAUCGCACGACAUAGCGAGAAACCACGGUAUAUCGUUGCGUAGCGAUAGCGCAUGACCUAGUCAUUACCAAAGUAACUUCUGUAACGAAAAACGGAAUUGAUUUCCUCUCGUUUCGUACGCACCUACAUCUAGGAACAUUGCGGCUUUUGUCGAAUAAUAUAUUCGUAUGAUGCGCGAAAAACAAGUGCCUUGUCAAAGACUGCGUGGAAAAAGGAAAAGAAAAAGAAAAAAAAUAAAACAAUCGGUACAACUAGAAAUAAGAGUACGUUCAGGAAUUUUCAGAAUUCCGGAGGACGCUGGUUCUUCGGAUCAAGUCGACGACCUCGUGGCCCCCUAAAUGGUCGCGUUAUUUUUCGAAUAUGUAUUUUAUCCUUUCGCUAAGAUUAUCGUAUUUCUGCGCGUGCCUUAUGAAAGCAUU